CAGGCAGGUCGACACGCAGAGCUGCCCUGGCAGUCAGCCCCCGUCCCAUCAGCUCCUCCUCCCCAGAACCAGCGCGCAACGUCUUUCUUCUUUGCUUCCCAUUCCUCCUGCCUCUCGUCUCUCCAUCUUCGCAGCUGCCCCAGACUCACCAACCAUGGCAUACAACAGACCCUACAACCCGGACGAGCUGCCCAGGUUCGCGGAGCCUGACCAGAAGGGCGGAAACGCGCCUCAUCCUUCUCGAUACGACUCCAAGCCUGCGCCCCCUCUACCAAGCGAACGUGACCGGCGAGACUCUGGCCGCCGCCACGAUGAUCGCUACAAUUACGACUCUGGCCGCACUGGAAGUGGACGCGGCCCCAUGUCACCACCUCCUGUCGCAACUGGCCCUCGGCCGACUCAGCAUGGUCGCCCCCCGGCCACGAGCAGGCCACCGCCUUCGCCAGCGCCCGAGACUGGAGGCGACCCCACGAUGUUGCCGCUAUUCAGGGCUGUCGACAAGAAUGGAACCGGCCAGCUUUCCGAGAAGGAACUCUCCGCCGCGCUCGUCAACGGCGACUGGACCCCAUUCGACCCUCACACGAUCCGCAUGAUGAUCCGCAUGUUCGACAGCGACCGGUCGGGCACCAUUGGCUUCCAGGAGUUCUGCGGGCUGUGGUCGUUCCUCGCCGAGUGGCGCAAGCUCUUCGACCAGUUCGACACGGACCGCAGCGGCAGCAUCAGCCUCGACGAGUUCACGCGCGCUCUGGUCAACUUUGGCUACCGGCUGUCGCCCAAGUUUAUCGAGACGCUCUUUUACACGUACGACAAGAACCGCGCCAACGUGCUCAGCUUCGACCUGUUCGUCCAGGCCUGCAUCAGCCUGAAGCGCAUGACCGACGUGUUCAAGAAGUACGACGAGGAUCGCGACGGCUACAUCACGCUGAGCUUCGAGGACUUCCUGUUCGAGAUUCUGAAGCAGCUCAAGUAGAGGCGUGCUGGUGGUUGUGCAAAGAGAUUUCAGGCUGCCAAGGCACCACCGCUUUGGUCGCCGGGUAGCGGACUCAACCCAAGGUGCUAGACUCAAUGUUGCGGCCAUACGAGGUGACGAUGGAAGGCACAUCUCAGCCCAGCGGCCGCAAUUGGAGCUUUAUGCUAUGGAGGGGCCUCUUCACCUGGCGAAGGAUAUGGCUCUGCUUGUCCCGGCAUUGCGUGACGAUAAGGCGGUGUUGCCGCAGACGCCAAUGGCCCACGAUAGAUACCCAAAGCUCGCAUGGAAACGAGCAAUGAUGACCACGCAGAUGGAUAAUUGGUGAUGCUGGUCAACCAGUCGAAGAAGACGUACGCGGUUGGAUAUGGUGCAUUGUAGAAUUGCACUGAUGAGCCUUUAGUCAUGAUGCGCGUGAAUCAAUUGAACGAUUACUGCCCUCUGCCAGCUG